GCUCCCCAUGCCCUUGACUUCUCUGUGGGCUCAACCAAGGAGCACCUGAACUCAGAAUGAACCCUCCUUCAGGGCCAAGAGUGCUGCCGAGCCCAGCCCAGGAGCCCAGCUGUGUGGCCACCCCAGCCCUGCCCAGCAGGGGGGACAGCUCCCAGAGCAGCGUCUCCAGCCUGGGCCAGCUGCUGCCUGCCAGCCCCACGGCCGCUGGGGCUUGGGCUGCUGCCCGGGUCCCCUUCCCCACGGUUGACGUUCCAGACCACGCCCACUAUACCCUGGGCACGGUGAUCUUGCUGGUGGGGCUCACGGGGAUGCUGGGCAAUCUGACUGUCAUCUACACCUUCUGCAGGAGCAGAAGCCUCCGGACGCCUGCCAACAUGUUCGUUAUCAACCUCGCAGUCAGCGACUUCCUCAUGUCCGUCACCCAGGCCCCUGUCUUCUUCGCCAGCAGCCUCUAUAAACAGUGGCUCUUUGGGGAGGCAGGCUGCGAGUUCUAUGCCUUCUGUGGAGCUCUCUUUGGCAUCUCCUCCAUGAUCACCCUGACGGCCAUCGCCCUGGACCGCUACCUGGUGAUCACGCGCCCGUUGGCCACUGUCGGCGCGGCAUCCAAGAGACGGGCGGGGCUUGUCCUGCUGGGCGUCUGGCUCUAUGCCCUGGCCUGGAGUCUGCCACCCUUCUUUGGCUGGAGCGCCUACGUGCCAGAGGGGCUGCUGACAUCCUGUUCCUGGGACUACAUGACCUUCACGCCGUCCGUACGCGCCUACACCAUGCUUCUCUGUUGCUUCGUGUUCUUCCUGCCCCUGCUUGUCAUCAUCUACUGCUACAUCUUCAUCUUCAGGGCCAUCCGAGAGACGGGACAGGCUCUCCAGACCUUCGGGGCCUCCAAGGGCACCAGUGAGUCCCCACGGCAGCGGCAGCGGCUGCAGAACGAGUGGAAGAUGGCCAAGAUCAUGCUGCUGGUCAUCCUCCUCUUCGUGCUCUCCUGGGCCCCCUACAGUGCUGUGGCUCUGGUGGCCUUUGCUGGGUACUCGCACGUCCUGACGCCCUACAUGCACUCCGUGCCAGCUGUCAUCGCCAAGGCCUCUGCCAUCCACAACCCCAUCAUUUACGCCAUCACCCACCCCAAGUACAGGGUGGCCAUUGCCCAGCACCUGCCCUGCCUGGGGGUGCUGCUGGGCGUGUCACGCCAGCACAGUCACCCCUACCCCAGCUACCGCUCCACCCACCGCUCCACGCUGAGCAGCCAGGCGUCCGACCUCAGCUGGAUCUCUGGACGGAGGCGCCAGGAGUCUCUGGGCUCUGAGAAUGACAUGGGCUGGAUGGACAUGGAGGCAGCAGCCACAUGGGGGGCCGCCCCGCGAGUGAGUGGGCGGUGCCCCUAUGGUCAGGGCCUGGAGGACAUGGAAAUCAAGGCCCAGGGACGGGAAGCUGAGACUCCAGGGAAGACCAAGGGGCUGCUCCCCUGCAUGGACCCCAGGAUGUAGGAUGCCCAUUGGUUCCCUCUUUCUUCUGGGACAUGUCCAGCCCCCUCAUACACAUAGACCCAGGAUUACUCUGUGAGCCUGCAGACUUUGGAAGUGGCCCUGUCACCUGCGCUGUGCCAGACUCACAGCCUCAGCCUCACGUCCUGUCCUCACACCACUCCUGCCUGGCUACGUGCUCUGCAACCACUUCCCAGCUCAGUAGCCAGACCCUGGGCUCAGCCCGAAGAGCGUGUGCCCAGGCCCUCCUGCUUCCUGGAGUCGUCUGCCCCUCCUCAAAUGCUGUGUGCUGCAAUUGUUCAGGGAAGACAAUGGUGAUGGCUCCGGAGGACACCAGCUAUUUAUGAGCGAGGCAUCUCGGCCAGCCUCCGUGCCCAGGCUGGGCAUGUCACUGGCCCGGGAAGGCC